CAGACCUCUGGAUUUUUGAUUCUACUUUUCAGAAAUAUAAAACACUUGAAAGAUAUCAGGAUGUUGGCUAUGAUGUUACUGACGGUGCUGCUGAUCAGAGCUGGGUGGACUCAGGAACUUGAUUCAGCGGUGUCGUUUACGCAGUGUUCUGAUGGAUAUCGUUUGGACCGUUCAUCUGGACAAUGCAGAGAUAUUAAUGAGUGCCAAACCAUCCCGGAUGCCUGUAAAGGGGACAUGAGAUGCAUCAAUCACAAUGGAGGAUACUUGUGCUUGCCAAGGACUGCUGCUCUCGUCCUGGCAAAUGGACCAUCUAAUCCCACGUACCCUGCAUCUUCAUCGAACGGGCGCACCGAAACUUCUGUCUACCAACCAGCCUCAAUACCCAGGUAUCCUAUUCCACCGAGAUCUCUGGUCUGUCGUUUUGGCUACACCCUGGAUGAGAAUAACAACUGUGUGGAUAUAGAUGAAUGUACAUCAGGAACCCAUCAAUGUAACCCUUCGCAGAUCUGCAUAAAUACUGAGGGAGGCUACAGCUGCUCCUGCACUGAGGGUUAUUGGUUAGUAGAGGGACAGUGUAUGGAUAUUGAUGAAUGUCGACAUGGAUAUUGUCAGCAGCUGUGUGCCAAUAUUGCUGGCUCCUACUCCUGCCAGUGUAAUGCUGGAUUCCUACUGAACGCUGAUGGGAGAUCAUGUCAAGAUGUCGAUGAAUGUGCAGGAGAGAAUCCUUGUAGCCAGCAUUGCAUCAACACCUAUGGUUCCUUCCUUUGUCGCUGUGAUACUGGAUAUGAGUUAAACUCGGACGGAACAGGCUGUGAGGAUAUCAAUGAGUGCAGUUUCUCAGGUUUUCUCUGCCAGCACCGAUGCAUCAAUGAGCCAGGAGAUUACUUCUGUACCUGUCCUGAGGGCUACACUAUGUACAAUGACAACAGGAGUUGCCAAGAUAUUAAUGAGUGCGAGGCUGCAAAUCACACAUGUACAGAAGAGCAAAACUGCUACAACAUUCCAGGAGGAUACAGAUGUCUGCAGUCAGUGAAAUGUCAAGAUCCUUACAUACAGUUGAAUGAAAAUCGUUGUAUGUGUCAUGGGGAGAACCCAGGCUGCACGGAACAGCCAUUCACCAUUUUGUAUAAAUACAUGGACAUUGUGUCAGGAAGAAACGUGCCCUCAGAUAUCUUCCAAAUGCAGGCCACGACACGCUACCCAGGUGCCUACUACAUCUUUCAGAUCAAAUCUGGGAACGAAGGCAGGGAGUUCUACAUGAGGCAAACAGGGCCCGUCAGUGCCACCUUGGUGAUGACCCGCCCAGUCAGCGGACCAAGGGAAAUUGUACUGGAUCUCGAAAUGGUCACUGUGAAUACUGUCAUCAACUUCCGAGGGAGCUCAGUGAUCAGGCUGACUAUCUUUGUAUCUGAAUAUACAUUUUAAACCCCUGAUUUUCCGGGGGUCGCUGGGGUCCAACAUUUGAUCGGUUAUUCAGCUAUGUUUGUUUUAGUGAGUGAAUGAUUCAUUUAUGUCGUUGUGACAGAAGGAUGCUUUUUGUAAUGCAUUUCAACUGUGUAGACUCUUAAUUCUGUUUGUUUUUUCUUCCUGGCAUGGACAGAGAUAUUCGUAUAACAGCCCAUAAACAAAGAUGAAAAGCCUUGAAGCUACAAUAUAUUCAUUAAGGCUUUGAGAGUUCUUAGUAUUUGUUUUGAAACAGUAUAUUCAGGAAGAGUGACUGUAUGUGAAGAGUUGGGGGAAACAGCAAGAGUAGAUAUUUUCCAUUCAGGAAAUGAGUGAGGCUGGCAAGACCACAUCAAGCUUGAAACUCAGAAAAGGUAGUGGUAAACCUUUUCUUUGAACUUCUGAAACUCUUGGUAAAAGUACAAUCCUGAUGUUGUCAGGUGGGAAAUUGGAGGAUUUUGACACAACAGCAUUGAAAUAAUGGUAACUAAUAGAGUCAUAGAGAUGUACAGCAUGGAAACAGACCCUUCGGUCCAACCCAUCCAUGCCGACCAGAUAUCCCAACCCAAUCUAGUCCCAGAACAGCUAUACUAGAUCAGUACCUGGAAUGAGUGGAUUGCCUUAUGAGAAAAGGCGAGAUACACUAGUAUGUAUCCUCUGGAGUUCAGAAGAGUCAGAAGUAACUUAAUCAAAAUAUAAAAGAUCCUGAGGGUACUUGGUUGGGUGGAUGUUGAAAGGAUGUUUCCUCUUGUAGGAGAAUCUCGAACUAUGGUUCAUAUUUUAAAAAUAAGGGGGUCGUCCAUUUAAGACAUGAUGAAACAUUCCCUUCUCUCAUUUGAUUUCUCAAAUGGUGCAGAAUCUUUAAACAUUUUUUGGGAAAGGGUAGUGGACUCUUGAUGACCCAGAAGGUGAAACAUUAUUGGGGGUAUGCAGAAAAGUAGAAUCAAGGUUAAAAUCAGAUCUUAUUGAAUGGUGAAGCAGGUCGAAGGGCCGAGUGGCUUCCUCUUGUUCCUUGUUUGUAUGCAUUCAACACUGUGUGAUUUAAGGGGGAGUUUCAAGUGAUGGUAAUCCCAUUAGAUUGGCAUUUUCUCACCUUUGAUUAGUUGAUAACACAUUUCCUUGUAGGGAUGAAUUCAGGACUCUGGAGUGAGAGGAAAAGAAGGAUAAUUACUAUAAUUUGUGAAAGCAUACUCCCUGAAUUGUCUCUCCUCUUAACAUCCCAUAAUCGUGCUUGCUCCUGUAGUAUAAUCUACAAAAUGUUGACUUCGGUCACAGCCAGGGGCUGUUUUGACAAAUGGUAUGCUUUCAUUAUAUAUUUAAACAAUUGUGCUUCCUAAAACUGUACAUUGCAAUGUUUUUUACAUUCUUAGAGUCAUAGUCAUAGAGUCAUACAGCACAGACCUUUUGGUUCAACCAGUCCAUGCUGAACAUAAUCCAAAA